UCUUCGCCACGUUCUGCAGCCAAUCCUAACAACUAUAACGCGACAGAGCGUUUGCUAUCGUCAGUACUGUUGAGUUCUGUGUUGGAUGUGAAGCAAACCGUCUGUACUGUUACCCUGGGAGGAGAUUCAUUUCAGGUACAGGAUCAAUUCACUUUAUCAUUACAACAAUGGCAGGAUUGAGAGCAUGGUUUGGACGUGGAUUAGAUCAGGAUUAUGUCGACUCCAUCAACAGCUUCUGGACAGUUCUUCUAUUGGCCGUGUGUUCUGUGGGAUCAUUCGCCAUGCGUUACAUCACUACACCCAUCAGUUGUUGGUGCCCUGCUCAAUUCGAACAGUCUCAGUACUCGUACACGCAGGAAUCGUGUUUUCUGAAGGGCUUGUAUUAUAUGAAGCCAAUGCCUGAUGAUUAUGACGACGAAAAACCGGAACCUGUACCCUCCUAUCACCUCUGGAUACCACUCAUACUCUUCUUCCAAGCGCUCGCUUUCAAACUACCAAACAUCAUAUGGAACAGCAGCAAGCACUUGUUUACUUUUAAUAUGGAAGAAACCGUGGAGUCCCUGAAAAGUGUACAAUUGACCAAUGCCGAGAAUAGCCAGGUCAUGUUCAGUGAUGCAGCCCGAAUAUUCGGAAGUCUGUUGAGAAGAAAUCGAAUCAUUUUGGCUCUUGUGUAUCUAUUUGUGAAACUUCUCUCCUGUGUCAAUCUGAUAGCCCAGUUUGUGUUCCUAACAACAUACUUCAGACAAUACCUGGCAAUCAGGGUUGGAUCCUAUGCUGGUUUUGAUAUGGACUCCAUCAUAAAACCUUUGCUUGUAAAAGAUGGUUAUUGCAAUUUUCAAAUUCACUGGAUGACGACAGUCCACGAUUAUACAGUUCAGUGCACUCUACCAAUCACCGAAAUCUAUGAGAAGAUUUUCACCUUCCUCUGGUACUGGAUCUUCCUCCUGGCUUCCAUCACCAUCCUUAACCUUGUCCUGUGGGCAGGCUAUCUUUUCCUUCCAUUCCUAAGAGAUGGCAGGAUAGCUGCCCACGUUACCGCUGCCAAAGGAUCUAGCCCAGACGAACACUCUAUAACUCGAUUCAUCAGCACUUUCCUUGGAAUAGAUGGAGUACUUGUCUUGUCCAUGAUCUCCUGGAAUUCCAGUGAGCUGGUUUCAGCGAAGCUGACCCAAUAUUUGUACCAAGUGUUUCUGGAAAAGGAAGAGGAAUUUCAAAAUGCACGAGGAAUCUACACAGGAGAGCCUGGAGGUGGAGCUGGACCCACGGGAACAGAAGCGGCGUUACCAAUGACUGAUCUCGCCUCUGGUACACCUAAUAUGGAGAAAGUGCCUAUUAUGUGAUGACCGAUACAUCGGAUUUGUUUACUUCAGAAAGUAUAAUUUCAGUCAACUACCUAUUUAUCUAAUGGUAUUUCUUUUGGUGACUUUACACAUUUGGUGUUCUCGCCAGCUUUAUGUCAAAUCAUUGACAUUAUUGUUAUAAGAUUUCAUUACCAAUGAAAAGUCAGCAGCCCAGAAUGUCUUACGGAGUAGAGUCUUUGUGGAUGAUAAUUUUGCACAGUUUGAAGCGGAGGCAUCAUUUCCAGAACAUUGGGAACAUCGUCGGCAAAAACUUUCGUUACACUGACAGGCUACUCUAUUUACUUUGGUUAGCAUUUAAGUUGUUACUGGGUUACGGUGCUAUCUUACUUUAAAAUAUACAUGAUAAACUCACAAUUUCUUAUGAGUACUCUAUUGAUGCAUACAUCAUGUCGUGUUGCGUAUGAACGUGGAAGUAAGUGGGGUUGGGCUGAGGACAUGUAUGUUUCAUAUUAAUCACUGGAACUCACACACAAAUAUUAAUAAAUCAAGAUUCUGCGUCACA